AUGGACCACCUUCCAUUUCCCAGCAACGCUAAUGUUCCACCUCUUGAGGUACCUUUUAUCUGUGAAGAUAUUCUCACAUAUGAUCAAAAUCAAAUUGGCCAUUUCAACGACAUUCCAACACUCGCUGAUUGCUUCCAAGACUCGACAGCAGCCGUCAAGUACUGGCAGGAAUGCAAUCCUCAGCGUGUCGCCGGCAAAGCUCAAGCACGGAUAUAUUUUGGCUUGCUAAUUGGCGUUCUGGGCUGUCGGUUCGUCCUGGAUGACUUCAUCUGCAUUUCCAACGUAUCUAACGAGCCAAUAAUUACACUCGCAAAGCUACAGGAUAGGCUUCAAUCAGUCAGGCAAACUCUUCCCAUAAAAGCUCUCAAAGUGUUAGCGGCCACGGCAACGUCCCAGGCUCGUAUGAUACGUGGGAAAUCACCCUUGGCAGAGAAAGUCGCACUGAGUAUUGAUAUAUUGGCUUGGUCGAUGGAGGUUAUCAGAGACCCACAAUGUGCUCCUGAAAGUCGGAUUGGCGGCUAUGUGAAAGAUGGGAUACUAGAGAAACGAAUGUUAGCCGCCGGGUGGUGUCGGUACUGGACCAAGGUGUUUCACGCCACGUACCCAGCAGCCUUGACAUACUACUUGGCUAGCGUGUCUGUGGAUUUCCAUUCUGGACACAAAACAUGCUCUGAGUUAGAUUGUAAAGGCAAUAACGUCAACAUGGAACGAGGGAGAUACAUCUCCCAGCACACGACUCUUGAUUGUCGGUGCGCAUGCAAGGGGCCGAAUUCUAAGUACAUAGAGCAGAUCAUUCAAGGGGGUGGUGUGCCUUUGAUCAAACUUUCCAAGACAACACAAGGGGAUGUUAACGUUAGUGUUGUUGAACUUGGAUAUGGAAAACCUUUUAUUGCUAUUUCGCAUGUUUGGUCAGGCGGUCUUGGAAAUCCAAAGGAAAAUACAGUACCAAGCUGUCAACUCAAAUUCAUCUAUAACGCGGCAAGGAGAUGUCAAAAUAAAGAAUAUGGUAAAGGGAUGUUCCAGAGAUCCCAUGACGCAAACACUAAUUGGACAAAGUCUAAAUUAUAUCAAGUCCUCAACUGGCUACUCGGCGAUUCCCAGAUCUCAAACCUCGAUCAAGGGCCGCUUGAAUGGUACCUUCGGCUUGUGGAUUCGUUGGCACUUUCAGGAGCGAACGAAGACUCAAAUGAUUUGUAUAUCUGGUUCGAUACCUUGUGUAUCCCCGUCGCAAGGGACACAGGAAAAGUCAAAGCGCCGGAUGAGGAGAAGGCCGAGCAUGAGUUGAAAAUGAAGGCAAUUAACAAGAUGGCAUUUGUUUAUGCCUCUGCGAUGCACGUAUUAGUCAUCGACCAUACAGCUCGAGAUAUACUUUAUCGCAAAGCAGGAGACCUAGAACUUGCCGCCAUACUGCUGACCUCUCCGUGGAUGUCAAGGUGCUGGACGUUCCAGGAAGCAUCACUAGCGCGGCAGUUCUCUUUCAUUUUGGCUGACGAAAUAAUCAACCCAAGGAAAUGGAUCUCAGAUAUUCCGGCAGAUAGGUGCUCAUCCAUGUUCGAGAGAAUCCUCAAGUAUCAAUGCCUCACAUAUGUCAACUCAAUGCCAGACAUCAUGAACCAAAGUAUUGAAAGAAAAGAACAGCAACGGAGCCCUCUGGUCGCAGUGUGGAAUGCCUUAUCAUCCAGAAACACCUCACAACGAGAGGAUUUGCACGGACUUCUCGGCAUCAUGCUCAAUUUGAGCGCCUUCGAAAUUUUGCAGAUGGACAAAGGGCAGAGGAUGUUGGGAAUCCUUCGAGCGCAAGAGAAAGUCCCACUAUCAAUGAUAUUCCUGCCUUACCCAGAUGAUGCACCACUCAUCAAGGGUUGCGAAUGGCUUCCUAGUUACCCAUCUGGAGCCAUAUCGGAGCAAUUCGGCUAUAUGACUUGGAAUACUGAGUCAGAGGGCUUGGAUUUUGUCCCGUCAGACACAGCAUCAGUCCUCUUCCUGAUUGAGCUAAAUGACGGUCUCGAUAAAAAUGAAUUCCUCGUCACAGUGCCACAUUCAGACUCGGUCGUGAUCCAAGUGAAACUGCUUCUACCCGAGAAGAGAGAUCUGAGCAACUACAAAUCUGCGACUCUCAGCAUCUUUCUGCAUGGAUAUCAUGGCCUUACACCUGCAAAUAAUUCCCAAGGAGUUGGCGCGUGUUUUGUCUUGAAUAGUGGCGAGGCUUUAAAACGACAGCAACUAUGUCUGACGUUCAUCUGUCCACUAGAAUAUAUCUUCUGGAAUGGAAGCUCAAAAAGUGGUCCAGCUAUCGAUGAAUCGGAACUUGAGUUAUCAUUCUCUGCAAAGCAAGCUGAGUCAGGGGCAAAGUGCUUCUUGAAUUGCGGUCAGAGCUAA